AUGCCUUCCAUAAGAGAGUUUAGCCUUGGCAUCAACCAAUUAUCUGGUACUUUGCCUGAAGAUCUGUACUAUGGACUCCCUUUACUUGAAGUCUUUGCGGUUGUUUCCAAUCAAUUAGAAGGAAACAUUCCAAAAUCAAUAAGCAACUGCACAUUUAUGAAAGGAUUAUACAUGGGUGGCAACUUUUUUACAGGUUCUAUACCCAAAGACAUUGGCAAUCCUGAUAAACUUGAACAAUUAGAUUUUUCCGCGAAUCAUUUAAGCGGACAUAUUCCUUCUAAUAUAUUCAACAUCUCAGCAAUACAGCGACUGUACCUUGGGUUUAAUUUCUUCUCCGGCCUUCUCCCAUCAUAUUUAGGAAGUGGCCUUCCGAACCUGAAAGAUUUUAGUGUGGAAGUAAACGAACUUUCUGGACAAAUUCCAAAAAGCAUAGUAAAUGCUUCUAAACUCUAUAAGUUAUUUUUAAACGGGAAUAAAUUUAAUGGAGAAGUAUAUAAUGUUAUUGGGAAUUUAACCAACUUGGUGGCAUUAUAUGUGGGAGCGAAUGAUUUGAAUGGGUUGAUUCCCCCAACAGUUAACAAAUUACAAAGCCUUCAACUUUUUGAUGUCAGUAACAACAAAAUGCAAGGGUCCAUUGUCGAAGAACUUUGCCAAGUAAAAAGGUUGAAUGUGUUGUAUUUGGCUAAUAACAUGUUUUCAGGAACAAUUCCAAGGUGCCUUGAGAAUCUUUCUAGUUUGCAAAGGUUGGACUUCAGCUCCAACAAAUUGACUUCCUAUAUUCCCUCUUCUCUUUGGAAUCUCAAAAAUAUUUUUGUCUUAGACUUAUCUUCCAAUGCAAUUAGUGGAAGAAUUCCGCCUGAGGUGUCCAAAUUGAGAUCAGUUAUACAAUUGAACUUGUCAAGAAAUCAAAUUACAGGAAACAUUCCUAUAACGAUAGGAGGCUUACAAAGUUUGCAAAACUUAUCGUUGGCUCAUAAUAAUUUACAAGGUUCUAUACCAGAAUCCUUUGGUGACAUGUUAAGCAUUGAGUUUUUAGAUCUUUCUCAAAAUUAUUUGUCUGGUGAGAUUCCGAAGUCAUUAGAGUCACUUUCCCAUUUGAAAUACAUUAAUCUUUCCUACAAUUUAUUGCAUGGAGAAAUUCCAUAUGGUGGGCCUUUUAAAAAUUUUAGAGCAGAAUCUUUUGUUAUGAAUAAAGAUCUUUGUGGGAAGCCCCAAUUAGGAGUUCAUCCAUGUAUUAUAAGAGAAAAGCACAGGUCAGCUAAAAUGAUGCUUUUGAUCAAAUAUUUAUUGCCUAUCGUGGUCGCAAUCAUUUUGGUGGGUUCUUGCAUAGUGUUUGUCAAGUGUAGGAAGCAUCAAGUGGGUGAAAGGACCAAGAGGGAUUUCUUAAAUUUGGACCCAGGCAGGAUAUCCUAUUAUGAACUUUUGCAAGGAACAAAUAGAUUUGAUGAGAGUAAUCUUCUUGGUAAGGGAAGUUUUGGGUCUGUGUACCAAGCAAUUCUUUCAAGUGGAAAAAUAGUUGCUUUGAAAGUUUUCAGCUUGGACUUGGAAGAAGCAUUAAGGAGUUUUGAUGUUGAAUGUACUAUGCUAUGCAAUUUACGUCAUCGCAAUCUUAUUAAGAUCAUUAGCAGUUGCUCAGAUAAUGAUUUCAAAUCUCUAAUAAUGGAAUUUAUGCCAAACGGGAGUCUUAAUAGAUGGUUGUACUCCUAUAACUAUUGUUUAGACAUCCUGCAAAGGUUGGAUAUAAUGAUUGAUGUGGCAUCUGCACUUGAGUAUCUUCAUCAUGGUUCUUCUUCACCAGUGGUUCAUUGUGAUGUGAAGCCGAGCAAUGUUUUGUUGGAUAACGAUAUGGUAGCGCAUCUCAGUGAUUUUGGAAUUGCCAAAUUGUUGGGCUUUGGGCAAUCAGAGAUUUUUACCAAAACUUUGGCUACAUUUGGUUAUAUGGCACCAGAGUAUGGAUCAAAAGGAGCUGUUUCUGUUAAAGGAGACGUAUAUAGUUUUGGUAUUUUGCUUAUGGAAACACUCACAAGAAAAAAGCCAACAGAUGAAAUGUUUGGUGAAGGCUUAAAUUUAAAAGAUUGGGUUGGCGAAUCAAUACCACAUUCAAUCAUCAGUAUUUUAGAUGACAAUCUGCUGGAUAGACACAAUCCAAAUAUUGGUAACAUAUUACCACAUAUUUCAUCAAUUUUUGAAUUGGCCUUAAACUGUUGCAUUGAUGUACCUGAGGCACGACCUGAUAUGACAGAUAUUGGGGCUUCAUUGGAAAAAAUAAGGUCACAUCUAUGCAAAGUGUUAGGCACCAGCCAUUAG